CCUUUUAAAGAUUUCAAGAAGGAGCCAUUGCCCUCCCUCACUCUGUUCUCAUUUUCGCUGUAUCUACUAUUGAAGCUUGUGGGAGAGACAGAGGGCAGGCCAGUGCUCAACACCUUGAACAUGCCAUUCUGUUUGCUGUAGACACACCCUUGGAUUAUUAUUAUUAUUUUUUUUUACAUCAGCGUAAUCUCUCUCUUUUAAAGAAUAUUAAUUUUUCAUCUAUUUCUUUUUUCUUUUUUUUUUUUUUUUUUGCUGAUACUCUGAUAUAUUUUUCAUCAUAACCAUGGAGCUUGACAUGAAACCCAAGUACUUGUAAGGAAACUGUUGUAUGAGGAGUGAUGUGGAUUUUGGAAGAGGGUGUGUUCUGGGCCCUUCGACUCAACCCCAACCCUGUUUACAGUACCCCUUUGAUCAGACUGGGUGAUGUGAUCUCAUAUCCUGUGGCAAUCCAUGCCCCUCCCCCCGUCCACCACACUACCACCAUCACUAAAGAGACUCACUUACCGCGGCUGAACCUUGCUGAGUUUAGAUGCCUCAGACGCAGCUGGAGCAGGACUGUGUCUCAGAGUGAGAAGAACCCUCCUCCAUCACACAGUCUUCAUUGCUCUGAGCUCACCACCAACCUGUCCAUCACUUCAGCUGGAAAAAAAACGUCAACGGUGCGCAAGACCAAAAAGGGAACUUACCUAACAGUGCCUCUCGUUUUGUGAAAGCAGCAGAUUAUCUCAGCAGUGUUGUGCCACAGAGUGCUUCCUGUGCUGAGGGGUGUGGUGCGGAUCUAAGCGGUCCGGGGUGUGUGCGGAGGGGUAGGAACCCUCUGCCCGUCAGCCAGUGUCCUACCCUCUCUCUCCCUACAACACCAUGACCACUGCGGUCCAGUCCAGUGAGCUCGUCUUUGAGUUCGCCAGCAAUGGGAUGGAUGAAAUCAAUCAGCUGGACGACCCUUCAGUGUUCCCAGCGGUGAUCGUGGAGCAAGUGCCCGCCGCAGACCUCCUGCAGGUGUACUCUGGACUGGAGGCCGAUGAGGUGACUAAUGGCAUCAUGGUGGACACCAUUCAGGAUGUGGUGGAAGAGAACAUCAUGGGAGAUGUGGGCCUGUCUGAGACCUCAGUCUCAGGUGGAGAGGACAAUAUGGAGACCAUUGAGGCAGCUGAAGCCCUGCUGAACAUGGAAUCUCCUAAUAACAUCCUGGAUGAGAAGCGGAUGAUUCACACAUAUGGGACAAUGCUGGAAUCACCCCUGACUUACAUUUCCCUGCGUCCAGAGCAGCUCUCAAAUGGCUGCAUGGAUGUUCAUUUGGAUGAGGAGACAUCCUCCAUGGAUGAGACCCCUCAAAAGAACCUCUCCAAGCCUACCAGGAAACCCAAAGUGCGUAAACCAAGACCGGUGCGGCCUUGCUCUCCCAUUACCAAUCCCGCUCUCCCGCUGAAGAAAAAAAGCAAAGAGGGCAAAGGUAAUACUAUCUACCUGUGGGAGUUCCUCCUGGCCUUGCUGCAGGACAAAAACACCUGUCCCAAAUACAUCAAGUGGACGCAGAGAGAGAAGGGCAUUUUUAAGCUGGUGGACUCCAAGGCUGUGUCUAAGCUGUGGGGCAAGCACAAAAACAAGCCUGAUAUGAACUACGAGACCAUGGGCAGAGCACUCAGAUACUAUUACCAGAGGGGUAUACUGGCCAAGGUUGAAGGACAGAGGCUUGUUUACCAGUUUAAGGAGAUGCCAUCAGAUCUGGUCAUUAUUGAUGAGGAUGAUAGUCAAGGGGACGACCACAAUGCUGGGUACGGAGGGCACCGCUCGGCCCCUCACGGACGGAGCAUGGGGCGCAAUACAUCACGCGCACAAGGGAGAAGCUCUGGAGGCACACAGGUGAGGUCAGUGAAGAGAGAGAUGAGCCCCGGGCUGACCAGCAAUGGAAAACAAGCAGAACAGCUGCUGCAGACUGUCCAUGUUCUGCAGCCAAAUCAGGGAGCUGCUGUCCCAGCACCUACACACUCUGUAAGGACUAUUAAUAUGCCAGGCACUGUUCCAAUGGUCUUCACGUCUGGAGCACAAGGAGGAGGUCCAGUCACCCUGCAGACCCUGCCCCUGUCCUCUGUCCUAACCAAUGGUGAUUCCUCCACUCACCCCUCCCCGCCUCGGGUCAUUCUCCACACUGUGCCUUCCACUAGCCCUGGGGGUAAAGAUGUGCUCACCAUCCAGACUGCCUCUAUGACGACCGACAGCAUCCAACACCAGCAGCUCCUCGUGUCUCUGGGCUCAUCCAGCGGAGGGGUCAUCAGCACCACCCCACAGCAAGCCGGGUCUCUUAAUGGCAUCACCCGCAUGGUCACCCUCAAUGCCAAUGGGCAGCCCGUAGUGGCCCAGCAGCCCGGAACAGUCAUCGCCACUGUCCUAAAGCCCAGCGAGCUUCAAGGCCUGCAGGUAAAAGAGGAGAUGCUGGAGCCCCAGUACCUUCAGUGUCUGGUCAAUAGCAACCCCAUCGUGACCCCAUACUGCAAAGAGGAGAUGGAUGAGGGGGUGGCAGAGCUGAGCUACAGGACUGUGAUCAUCAACAGUGCAGGUCAGGAGCUGAACCAGACCAUCAACAGACACUCAGACGUGGGCUUGCAGCUGGCCAGCAGCCCCAGUGAGGGUCUCACCCCUGUGGAGGAGCUGGAGGUGAGGGGUGAAGUGGCCCUGCAUCCAGAUCAAGAGGCCAAAGAGCUGUUUGAGGCCUCUGAUAGUCUGCAAGAUCUUCCGGUCUCCAUACAGAUACCUGCCUCCCACUUCAUCCAGGUAAAAUCGGAACCUGUUGAGACCUAAACUAUCUGCAGAAGCAGAGGAAUAUGGACACAAUCGACCAACACAUGAAAACAAAGACAUGGUCCCAAUUGUUAGAAUUGGUAUUGACCUGAAGACUGUUGUUUACUCAAAGUUAUUGUGCCUAAAUCUGAACAUUUAAGGGAUAGCGACCACAAUGUCAUAAAAGCUCUUUUGGCUUGCUCUCUGACACCCCCUCCAAACCCAACAGAAGAGCAGCCAUUCUCAAACCAGGGAUAUUCCCACCAUAUGUGCCAGUUGAGAUUUAUCUGUCUCUGCUAACUCAUCUCCACAGAUGAAUCCAAAGACUUGAUCCAACAGAGGGACCAAAGGAGGAGUUGGUGGAUAGCCAAAAUGAAACCAACAACACACCAUUGACUCUAGGAGAAAGACCACAUUUGCUUGGGACUUGCAAGAUAGAGAAACAUUUUGUUUCUCUCUGAUGUAGCAUCAUCUCCAUGGACUACAAAACCCCCAAAAGUAUGCCUUUUGGAAUAAGACUAAGAGUGCCUCAUGAAAAGCCUGCAGGUGGUUAAUACUUUGUUUUGGAAUUGAUGUUUUGAAGGGGAAAACUGUAUGAUUCACUCUGUUUAUAAUUGAGAAUUAUGACAUGAUCUCAUCCCCCCCAUAUAAUAGUGCUGACCAGGUUAUUAGCUUUCCAUAAAAUGCAAAUUGAAAGCACUGUGCUUUCAUGGAAAUGGGCAUUGCUGUCCAAAGAGACAGUUUAAGUCAACUUUGUUUGUACAUAGUAACCGAGUAGAGUAUAAUGACAAAUUCCCAAGUCAUCAGCUAAAGUAUUUCCCCAUUAUAAUCUUGUUCAUAUGAAAUGGAGCGCAAUAUAUAUAUAUAUGUGUAUAUAUAUAUAUAUAUAUAUAUAUAAUAUACAACUGAGAUUACAAUUUAUGGCCACAAAUUUAUUUAUUUUCUGAAUUUCUAAAUUCUGUAUAAAAAAAAAAAGCCUUUUUUAAAAUAAAUGCAAAAAUGAGGGGAAAUAAAUAUAAAUAUGCAGUAUGUAGUGCUAAUUUUACUCAUAGCAAAAAAACAAAAAAAAAAAACAACAACAAAAAAAAACAAAUCCAGUAUGUUUGUUAAUUGCAAGCUGUAUUUUUUUUUCGGUUUAAAGCAUUCCAUGUAAUCUGCACACCUUUCAUAUUGUAUCUAUUUUUUCAUUAUAAGGGGUUAGGAAAGUAGCUUUAUGAGAUUGAAAUAUCAUGCUGUUCUUAUACAUUGUUUUGUGUUUAAAGCCAUUUUUACAGUGUACUUGCUAUCACUUGAUCGAUGCAUUCCCUAACACACCUGUUUUUCAGGACAAAGUUUAUCACAGACUUUGUCACGAGCACAGCUGGUGCUGUCUAUGAAAUUUAGGCUGAUGCUUCUUGGUAGACUUGUUAAAUGUUUUUAUUUGUAGUGUUUCCAUUCCUUCCUCGCAUCAUUUAUAUCCAAUGAAUCUACAGCACACUUUCUUAAUAGCUGCAUCUCUGCUAGUAGACAGUUUGGAUGUUGGAGCCAUGUUGAUCCUGAGCUAACUUUGUUGUAAAUUAGAAGUGACUGAAGUUUUGGACUCCCUGAAGCCCAGAUGCAAGGCAGCAGGCCUCUGCCUCUAAUUUAGUUUGACAAACAUCUGAGAGCUGCUAAAUUUUGAUGGUGCUGCUCUGACAAUUGUGGCUACACCAUGUAUUAUGCAAUAUUACGUCAAGACAAUGUGUGAUCUCGUUCGUAAUGUAAGAAAAAUGUCCUAUGCACUGCAUUCUGGCCAGCAUGUGGUCUUUAUACUUGCUUUGUCUGAAAUUCUGUUGACCACAGAAAUGGAGAUCAUUAGAUUAUGGGUAAAGGUAUGCCAUUGCUCUUCCUGUAAUUUCAUCUUGCCUUUUCUUGGGGCUUUUCUUUGUUUUUCUAUAUUCUUAUAGUAGACAAAAUUUGUUUUCUAAAAAAAAAUAAAAAUAAAUACAAAUAAAAUGAACCAAAGGAGACUAAAUAUAAUAAAACAAAUUUUGCCUUAAUGAAAA